AUGUCUGGUUCGGUCAAAUCCCCCCAAAAACGGAUCACGUCGUACCAAUACUACUUCAAGAAAGUCUAUGAGAAGCGAUUGCGCUACUGGAACAAAAUCCUGUUCCUCUUGGCCAUCGCCGCCAGCGCCAUUCUCGCUUUUCCCUACAUCAGCAUCUGGUGGAACAUUGUCUAUACAAUUACCUUCAGAGCUCCCCUCAUAUACUUGGCAUUGUACUUUGUGAAGCUAUGCCGAAACUUCAAUUCGACGGUGGAGUACAGCAGCAAUAAGACUUUGGCACAGCAGAUUGCGAGAAGUGUGUUUACUCGUCGCUAUGUGACUAGUCUUCUCUUUUACUUGGGCUCUUCGUAUGUGAUCUAUGCAUUGUUUAUGUUGCAGUUGCCCUUGAGGUCUCAGUAUAGCAUUGUGGCGAAGGAGUUUAGAAAGAGACCUGCUAUCAAUGACGAGUGGGUGUACUUCUGGUUCCAUGCGUACUUUGUUGCUUUGUUGUAUACUGUUCAACACAUUGUGUUCCAGAGGAACAGGCUUCAGUUUCGCUACGGCAUCAACCAUAUAAAGCCAGACUCGGUGCUUUUCCUGAAAUUGCCGGCUCUUUUGGGCCAUGCGCUGCUUUUCAAUACCGUCUCUUCCAUCUCGUCGCCCAUCAUCUACUGGGUCAUCAGGUCCAUCAUCUAUAAGAUCAAUUGGUUGUUCUUUGCGAUGCUUUCCUUGGAUUCGACCAUCCCGCGCUUUCAUAUUGGCUUCUGGACGUUGAUCAACAUUUCUUUUAUUGUCAACCAUGUUUACGACACUUAUGCUACCAUUGGUUGCUUAGAUGGAAAGAAACCUAUCAGCAACUAUAGCCCUGACCCAAUUAGCUCCAUAUUGUCAUGCUUGCGUGAUGUGGACGCUGAGAACCAGAUCAGCCGCUUGACAGCCUUCCAAGAGUUGGCCUACCUUGCCACAACUAACGACCCUGAGGGUGCCAAAAGAAGAAAAGCUAUAUAUAGCGCUCAUUCAGUGGCUGGAUUUGUUUGGCCUGCCAUUCUUGAUGAAUGUGCUUUGGUGAUCAAGGAAACCUCAUCCAGAGUCAACUACAGAUCUCAGUCUGAUAUGAAGGCGCUUCGAGGCUCCCAGCCACCAAGUAAGCCAGAGGAACCACUUAACGAAACAAAGGACUCGUUCCUCUUUGGUAACUCGUUUAACACGAGCACAGCUGAUACGACACAGCCUAUGGUCGAUGCGUCGUCCAGCCCUCUUAGAAGAUAUGAAGACGUUGCUCCUUCAAGCUCGUCUUUGUACACUCGCUUACAGAAUAACGCUCUUGGUAGGCAUAUCAUUAAUCAUCUCGUCAUUCCAACACAAAAGUUCUUGGCUGCUUACCUCAAUCCUCAGACUUCCAAGUCGAGGUCAAAGACCGUUACUGAUAAGCUCGCUUUGAUUCAGCAAUACUACGCCAAGUACCGUAACGAAUUGCUCGAAUCUAGUAUAGGAGUCUUCUUUAGAAUAACUCUCAAAAGGGACACUGAGUCGAGGGUUGUCAACCCAGUCAAUUACGGCAAUGCCGUUAUUGCUUUAUCAGGCAUUUUGAUCCAUGCUGUUGAGGAAGAUCGCAAUAACACUGUCACUGGUGCUCAUAUCAGUGAAGUAUUGAAUCUUUUGGAAAGACCAAUUAGAGCAUGCGCUAACUACACUGACAUGUUACCGGCAUCAGUGUACCUCACGAAAGAGCAAAGAGAAAACGAACAAGCUACAAAACGCCAUCUUGUGGCUCUUUUGCAUGAUUUGACGAUCCAAGAGUUCUUCCAGCUCUGUGUCAAAUACAAUCAUAAGCUUAACGACUUGCUGUUAUCGUCGAGAGCUUUCAAGCUCGCAAAAUGGGUCAUUGAUGCUUCAAUCGCUCAGCAGCAAAAGGAGAAGGAAUCUUCAGACUUGUAUUACUAA